AUGAACUCUACCAUUCAUUCUGAUAGGAUCAAUUCUCUCAAAAAGAAUAAUACCAUUCACAUUUAUUCGAAUUUUUCACCGAGUGAUCCUUUCCAGCGACCUUGGGUUGAACCUUCACCGAACUGGAUCAAAGCUCUCAAGAAACUAAAAUGGCUUUGGGAGCUUCACGUUUAUGGCUUUGCAAUGCUUUUUGUAGCAGUCGCAUUUUACUCGGCAGUUUGCCUCAUAGCCUCACACAAAACGAUUUUUACCCGACAAAGAGUUCAUCGCGUAGUGAUGAACCUCGCUUUGCUUGUUGCGGGAUUUCUUCGAUCUUUGAUCCUCUUUUGGGAUCCUUAUGCCUCCAGUAGCGACACAACAGACUUGCAGCUCCUCUUAUUUAUUAUUUCUUGGGGAAUAUCCACAGCUUGUAUCACAUCAAGUUUUAGCAUCAUGCUUCUGAUCUUUUUGGAAACUACUAAGACCUCACUGGGUCCCGCCCGCCUUAAAAACUUACCGUGCCUGCUUUCAAUAACUCUGGUAAACAUCUUUUACUUACUGGUGUCUGACUUAGUGGUUUGGUUCCAUCCUGAAGCGAAAGUGAUGAUCUUUACUUGUCAUGUUACAUUUGCGGCCUGGGGACUAGCGGUGUCAGUUGGGUAUUCAGUUGCCGGAAUCAGAAUGUGGCGCAAUUUAAAAUCAUCGUUGGGUGAGAAUGCUUGCUGCUGCAAUUCAGCGCUGGAUUCCAAACGCCUAAAUCAAUUAUUUUUUCUAAUGUGUUGGGCAUCUUUUUGUGGAAUGAUAAAGUUCUCGCUGUCGCUAUACACUGCUAUCGGGGAGUAUGGCGUUUUUGCAGAUAUCGUUUACGUUAAAAGCUGGCCUUGGUUUGCCGUUCAGACAUCACUGAGGAUGUUUGAAUUUCUGAUGGGUUUGUCUAUUAUCAACUUAUCUUUUCAUAAUGUAAUGACGAGAAAUAACGACAAAAAUACUCGAGGUGUUCAAUUGGAAGAACUGAACAGGCCCUCCUAUUAA